UUGGCCUUCUCACUCUCUCACUCCCCAAAAAAAAACCACUUUUUUUUUUCUUUCUUAUUUAUAAACAAAAAAAAAAAAAUUUGCUUCAAACUAAUUAUUUGCUAAUUUAUUUGUUGAAAUCGUGCGCUUUGCGAGGGACAUACACUUUUCACUAGAUCCUGUUUUGAGGUGCUAUCAUGGUGAGGAAGAGGAGAACCGGACAACCCGGUGCAGGUGAGAGUUCCGAGGCUCAAGGGAGUGCUGGGCAAGGUGAUGUUGCUCAACAACCAGCACAACAGCUUCAGCAGGGAGGCGGUCAAGGUGCUGGUGCACAGAGACCACCACCACAGCAACAGCCGCCUCAACAGAUGCAACAACAAGGUGGAUACCAAGGACAAGGGCGAGGUGGCCCUGGACGAGGUGGUCCAGGGCCACGGGGUCCUUACCAAGGGCAAGGUGGACCCCCACAAGGAGGAAGAGGUCCAGGCCCACGAGGGCCGCCACGUGGUGGCAUGGCUCCCCAGCAACAGUAUCCAGGUGGACCAAUGGAUCAACCGCCACAAGGGCGUGGGUAUCAGCAACAACAGCAGCCUCCAAGAGGAACUGCACCAUAUCAGCGUGGUGUUGGUUCUGGACCUGUGUACACUGGUGGACCUUCCAUGACACCAACUCCCGAGCUGCACCAAGCAACACAGGCUCCCCAGCAACCUGGGGUCACUAUGCAACCAGCUGCUUAUGGACAACCGCCUGCUGAAGCGUCGUCUUCUGCUGGUUUGCCUACCAAUCAGCCUGUGCAUGAGGCAAUGGAACAGCUUUCUAUCCAUAAAGAGGAGCCUAUUCAAGCUGCACCUGCUUCCAGUAAAUCAUUGAGAUUUCCCUUGCGCCCCGGAAAAGGUAAAUUGGGAACAACGUGCAUUGUCAAAGCCAACCACUUCUUUGCUGAACUGCCUGAUAAGGAUUUGCACCAGUAUGAUGUUACUAUUACUCCCGAGGUGACCUCUCGUGGCGUGAAUCGUGCUGUUAUUGCACAGCUUGUGAAGCUUUACAAGGUCUCACAUCUUGGAAAGCGACUUCCUGCUUAUGAUGGAAGAAAGAGUCUAUAUACGGCUGGGCCUCUCCCUUUUAUUUCAAAGGAUUUCAAAAUUACUCUGCUUGAUGAAGAGGAUGGUUCCGGUGCUCCCAGGAGGGAGAGGGAAUUCAAAGUUGCAAUCAAGCUGGCUUCACGUGCUGACUUGCAUCACUUAGAAAUGUUUCUGAAGGGAAGGCAGGCAGAUGCACCACAAGAAGCUCUUCAGGUGCUGGAUAUUGUUCUUCGGGAGUUGCCUACCAACAAGUACACACCAGUUGGUCGAUCGUUCUAUGACCCUCAUCUGGGCCAAAGGCAACCAUUGGGUGAAGGGCUCGAAAGUUGGCGUGGUUUCUAUCAGAGCAUUCGUCCUACUCAAAUGGGCCUGUCUCUUAAUAUAGAUAUGUCGUCAACUGCCUUCAUUGAGCCACUGCCUGUAAUUGAUUUUGUGACUGAGCUUCUGAAUAGGGAUGUCACAGCUAGACCAUUAUCUGAUUCUGAUCGUGUUAAGAUAAAAAAAGCACUAAGAGGAGUCAAGGUCGAAGUAACACAUCGUGGAAAUAUGCGACGCAAGUAUCGGAUAUCUGGGUUAACAUCUCAAGCAACAAGGGAGCUGAAUUUCCCAGUGGAUGACAGUGGAACGAUGAAAUCUGUAGUUGAGUACUUCCGUGAGACGUAUGGAUUUGUGAUCCAGCACAUACAAUGGCCUUGUCUUCAAGUUGGAAAUACUCAGAGACCUAAUUACUUACCUAUGGAGGUCUGCAAAAUUGUAGAGGGUCAAAGGUAUUCAAAGAGGUUGAAUGAGAGACAAAUUACUGCUCUUCUCAAAGUCACUUGCCAACGUCCCCAGGAUAGGGAGAGAGAUAUUUUAAAGACUGUGGCUCACAAUAAUUAUGCUAAUGAUGAUUAUGCGAAAGAGUUUGGUAUUAAAAUCAGUCCAAAACUUGCCUCUGUUGAAGCCAGGAUCUUGCCGCCGCCAUGGCUCAAGUAUCACGACACUGGCCGUGAAAAGGAUUGUCUCCCUCAAGUAGGUCAAUGGAAUAUGAUGAAUAAGAAAAUGGUCAAUGGGGGUAGAGUGGCCAGCUGGAUCUGCAUAAAUUUUGCCCGCAAUGUGCAAGAUAAUAUGGCUCGCAAUUUCUGUCAUGAACUUGCUCAGAUGUGCAAUAUUUCUGGCAUGGCAUUUAAUCCUGAACCUGUGCUUCCAGCACUUAGUGAUCGUCCUGAUCGGGUUGAGAGAGUGUUGAAAGCUCGUUUUCAUGAAGCUAUGACUAAGCUACAACCUCAGAGAAAGGAGCUUGAUCUACUGAUUGUCAUUCUGCCAGACAACAAUGGAUCUCUUUAUGGUGACCUGAAACGAAUUUGCGAGACUGAUCUUGGGAUUGUCUCCCAAUGCUGUCUAACAAAACAUGUUUUUAAAAUGAGUAAGCAGUACCUAGCAAAUGUAGCCCUAAAGAUAAAUGUGAAGGUUGGUGGAAGGAACACAGUUCUUCGUGAUGCAAUAUCAAGGCGAAUACCUAAUGUCAGUGAUGUUCCAACCAUCAUUUUCGGAGCGGAUGUUACUCAUCCGCAUCCUGGGGAAGAUUCAAGUCCCUCUAUUGCUGCUGUUGUUGCUUCUCAAGAUUGGCCUGAGAUCACAAAAUAUGCUGGCUUGGUUUGUGCACAAGCCCACAGACAAGAACUUAUUCAAGAUCUGUACAAGGAGUGGAAUGAUCCAAAUAAAGGCAAAGUUUCUGGCGGCAUGAUCAAGGAACUCCUCAUAUCUUUCCGCAGAGCUACAGGGCAAAAACCACAACGGAUCAUCUUCUACAGGGAUGGAGUUAGUGAGGGCCAGUUUUAUCAAGUUCUGCUGUAUGAGCUUGAUGCUAUUCGUAAGGCUUGUGCAUCUCUUGAACCAAAUUAUCAGCCUCCAGUAACGUUUGUGGUGGUUCAAAAACGUCAUCACACUAGGCUGUUUGCUAACAACCACCAAGAUCGUAAUUCUACUGACAGGAGUGGAAAUAUACUGCCAGGCACCGUUGUUGAUUCAAAGAUAUGUCAUCCCACUGAAUUUGACUUUUACUUGUGCAGCCAUGCUGGAAUUCAAGGGACAAGCCGUCCAGCUCAUUAUCAUGUAUUAUGGGACGAAAACAAGUUUGAAGCUGAUGCAUUGCAGUCGCUCACAAAUAACUUGUGUUACACUUAUGCUAGGUGCACUCGCUCAGUGUCUAUUGUACCUCCAGCAUACUAUGCCCAUCUGGCUGCUUUCCGUGCACGGUUUUAUAUGGAGCCAGAUACAUCAGACAGUGGGUCAAUGACGAGUGGUGCUGCUGGUCGUGGGAUGGGUGUAAGGAGCACACGUGUGCCAGGGGCAAAUGCUGCUGUUAGACCUCUUCCCGCCCUCAAGGAUAAUGUGAAGCGGGUCAUGUUCUACUGCUAGAGUUGCAUCUCAUCAGUGGCUUGUUUCAUCGUCAUGACGGGCUGAAAAUUUACUGUGUUUUGCUACUUGUGUACUUGAAUAUACAAUACUGUCUCUGGCCUUUACACAUGGCUUGCUUUUGUCUGUUUUUUGACAUCAAACUGUGAUGUUGAUUGCGAUCCUGGUUGGUAUGACGAUUUAAAAUGUGAUUUCUUCUGUUUUUCAUUUA